AUGGAUGCUAACCCAUCUCCCACAUCGACUCAGCAUCUGAAUACCACAACAAAAUUGGCCAGUUCUAAAGUCGCGAUUGUUUCGCGAUAUCAGGAGAAUGGAGAAUCUAGUGUCUCCUCGGCACACGUACCCGAUGAAACAGGAACUGAUCAGGCAUUGCCUUCGGCUGAAAAUUUCUCAUCAACCACUCCUACAACGGCUUCAGGAGUGCCACCUGUGCAAGAACAAGUUGAGGAUAUUUACACACCAAUUUUCACUGCUCCACCAGACAGUUUUUCGAUUAACACCUUACCGACAGCUGCAGUAACUCUUCCCUUAAUGCGGCUAAAAACCACUGCUAAUAUAGACGUCUAUGCGGGGUCGACCGCCAACAAUGCGGCCUCGACGAUGGAUGCCCUUUACAAGCCUAUAAAGGGACAGCCCAUAGUAGUGCGGCCCGUCACCUUCGCACAGUCGAUAGCACCUUCAGGUACACUCCAAGUCGGUCCCGCCGCACAAGCCAUGGCCAUUAAUAUGGCUCAGCCUAACCCACAGCAGCAACAAGUCUUUGCCAGCUUGAUCCUAAACCCUCUUAUUCCCUCACAAGCCAUUCCCUAUGACGGCGCAGUUACUCAAGCAUCUGCCCUCAGUUAUCCGCAACACAGUUUGCUUGCCGCGGAGAGACAGAUCCCUGUCCAGGUGUUAGCUGCACCCCUUAAUCAGCCAUCCGUUGCUCCAGGGCCAGUGAUAACUGGCCCUGAAGACUGCAACCUAUUCAUAAAUUUUCUGCCUCAAGAGUGUGAUGCUAUAGAUCUUUUCAAACUUUUUUCACCCUUCGGAAGGAUUAUCAGUACAAAGAUUUUUGUUAAUCGCGCUACAUAUAUGAGUAAAUGCUUUGGGUUUGUUAGCUACGACAAUCCAAGUAGUGCCCAUCGAGCAAUUACCGAAAUGAAUGGCUACGUAAUGGGGAGUAAGCGGCUAAGGGUGGAGUUGAAACGCCCUAAAGGCGGAACUAAAGGCAACUCUAUCUGUGUUUCUUUGAAUUUUUCCACAGCCAUUUUCACUAUUGCCGGCAGAACUGUUCUCAGCCCCAUUGAAUAA